UUGGUCUGUGUCCUCGAUCCGCAGUAUGAACUGCCCGUUGGUCUGCUUGGCCAGGAGGUAGUUGAAGAGCGCCGUUCUAAGGCCGCCGAGAUGGAGCAUGCCAGUGGGACUUGGCGCAAACCGAGCCCGUGCCGGCUUGGAUGCCGAGGUCGAGGACAGUCUCUUGCGGGCAAGAAGUCGGCCAGGAGACAGCAGUCUGAUCAUGCUGGGAUGGUGUUGUAAUCUGGCUGAGCGAUCUCGGGUCGAUUCUCUGUCGAGGACUUGGCAAUCUCAGGGCCGACGAGCGGUUUCCGAGAUUCCGAUGAUGUGGGCGAGGCCGGCGCUGUCGGCGAUGGCAGGGACGCUGGAUGCUGACGAUGACGAUGCUGACGAUGACGAUGCUGACGAUGACGAGGCAAGACCGAUUGAAUGCGACCGACAAAGCCUGGCGAUCGACAAAGCCGGGCGAUCGACAAAGCCUGUGCGCUGACGAGCAAAGGCUGGCUCCGCGAUCGACAUGUGGACUCGAUGCACAUCCCCACAACCCGCAGCGACAUUCCGGCGAGGCUCGCUGCCCGUGCUCGAGCGCUCUUUCUCUCUCCCUCGCUCGCUGUUCUUUGCAGUUUCGGACCAGCACAAGACACCGGAAUCCGCCGUCUUGCCUCUGCCGUCUCGCAGCCGCCACGAUGGCCCUGGUCGACGCAUUGUCGCCGUCCAGCGACAACCUGUUCGAGUGCAGCGCCCACGGCAAAUGCCAUGACUUUUUCCUCUCUUACCGAGUCCGCCCCGAUUCGAAGGCGGUCGAGGACCUCAAAGAGCUGCUGUCGUCUGUGGCACUGCGCCGUCUUGACCGGCCUCUAUCUAUCUUCCAUGACAUUGACUGCUUGAACGAUGCCAAGGACUGCAAGGACGGCUUCCUUCGGGCCCUCCCCGGCAGCUCGGUUGUGAUCCUGUUCCUGAGCAAAGACUCGCUGAUGACCAUGCAGGCCCGAGAAAAGGACGGCCAGGAAGACAAUGUCCGACUCGAGGUCACCCUGGCUCUCGAGCUGUUCGAGGCCGGAAAGCCCAUCACCGUGAUGCCGCUGUGCCUGGAUCUGAAGGAUGGAUCCGGUUACCGACCGUUUGCCCCGUAUGAAGACCCGGAGCUGACGCAGCCGUCAUGUCCCGAGACCCACAGCCUCGUCAAGCGCCUCAAAGCCAUCCAGAUGUAUGGCUACCGGCCAGAGGAGCCCCACAAGCAGCUCUAUCGGCUGCUCAACCUCCUCCACCCGAUCGCCGUCGACGAGCUCACCAACAAGCACAUCUACUCCAAGUACUUUUGUGACCCCAAGUUUGAGAUCGAAAUGGACAAGCUCGAUGGCCUCCUGAAGCAAAUCACCCUGACGGGCCGGGCCAUCAUCUCGGGCAUGGGUGGCAUGGGCAAGUCGGUGCUCGCCCGCCAGUUCCUGCGCUUCAUGAUGGGCAAGCUCAAGGUCAAGAACCAGACCGAGCUCAGCGACUACAUGAUGGAUACCAUCGGGGUCAAGCCACAGUACAGCAGAGUGCACUGGAUAAACUGCUCGGGCGAGUUCUCUGCCCUCUACGACCUCAGCGCCAUCUUUCCGGGAGUCGAUCGGCAGGAGAUCAAGGAGCAUGCUGCAUGGAUGUUCGCCAACGAGAGGGACUACCUCCUCGUCCUCGACAACGUCGACGACAUCCGCAUCGUCAACUCGGUGUUCAGCCACUCGCGAUCGCUGGGCUUUGGUGGCGACGUCUUGGUUACGACUCGCCUGCCGCUCUUUCCCAAGGGCCCGUUCCUCGAUGCGCUCAAGGCCAAGCUACCGACGUUCAAGCAGGAGCCGCUGAAGCUGGAGCGGUGGUCCGUCGAGAAGACCAAGCGGUACAUUCUCUCGGCGAGUCCCUCGCUCCAGAGGAAAAUCCAGUCGCUCGAGUCGGUGAAGGCACUCACGCGGAUGCUCAGUGUCGUCGACGGCCAUCCGCUGGUGGCCCAGUCCUUUGUCUCUCACUUUGAAAACAACAGCACUCCGAUCUAUGAGUUUGAGAACUGCAUCGACGAAGUACUGCAGGAGAGCGUCGGUGACGACGAGACGCGCUCGUCGCUCAAGGUCAUUGUGGACCAGUCGAUGGAGAGCAUGCAGAAGGACGGCGACGAAGGACGAGAGGCCUGCCGCAUAUUUGGAGCGAUCGCUCUGCUCAAGGAGAAUGGCAUUCACUAUCGUCUCAUCAAGGGGAUCGCACAGAAGCUGGGGUUAUUGAUCCAGACUGGACAGCUCCUCAAACGAGUGACCCACACCGGGCUUCUUCACGUGGACUCGAACGACACCUACCACACACACUUGCUGGUGUCGAAGUUGGCGUGGGAAUACGUGCUCAGGGAACCCGAGCUCAAGGCCGCCGAUAUCAACACCGCCACUGGCGAGGCACUUUUGGAGCUUGGCUCAGUGCCCACGGAUGCCAAAGUACUCGAAAACAUUCCGCAUCUGGAGCAGUAUGCGGCCAAGAUGCGCACCAGUGUCAGCCACACUGACAUCCAUGUCAAGAUUGUCCGGCUCAUCGAAGCAAUCGAGGGCGAGAAGCGAGCCUGUCUGGGUGCGGCGGCACCCGCUGCCCAGCCCGAGACAGCGAUGGUGCAUCCUGUGGCUGAGGUGGGUUUGGCCGCUGGCCCUGCCAACCAAGACACACAGGAGCAACUCAAUGAGGCGGUGAGGCUCUGCGCCUUGGCUCAGGCAGAAAAGUCUGCCGGCAAGCAUAGGCGCGCGAUCGAGCACUUCAAGCUGGCACUUUCGAUCUACAGGACGUCCCUGAGCGACCAGAGGGACCCAAGGAUCCUGGCGAUCUACGAGCAGCUGGACAUUGGCGCUCCUCCGCCGUGAGCGACGUUGCUUGCCAGCGACACCGACUGGGACCUCUCGGGCCGCAUUCUGUUUCUUCAUGCAUCACCAUCCACUUCCACAUACAUAUCACUCUCUCUUUACGGCCAUCUCAGUAUCGGG